GGCAACUCCCAUGUUGUUUCAGGAAAUUGUCGGUGCGUUGAGGAAGUGAGGUUUUGUGUUCGCCCUUCGGAACAGGUCUGCCGUAGACAGACAGCAUUAAUACAACAUGUCAAGAAACACAAGAAUAGCGCUAAUAUUUGGGGGCUUUGUGACAGCAGUAGGAGCUGCAUUCUACCCUAUAUUUUUUCAUCCUCUAACACACGAAAGUGAAUACAGUGCAGCAUGUGAACAGAGCCGGAAUCAAUCAAGCAGACAUCCAGCCGCCAGGUGUUAAAAUAUGGUCUGAUCCGUACAAAUCAAAAUGAUGCAGUCUUUACCCCCUCCGUCUGAA